UCAAAACGCAAAUUAUUUGAGAAAAACACAAAACGAAACAGAUUUGGGCGAUAGUUAAACAACUCGGAAGAAUAUGUCGAAAGUUCUUGUGUUGACAGUGGUCUGGUGUAUGCUGUGUCUUGCCGCUGGUGAAACGUUUGACGAAUGCGAGGGUGCGGAGCCGGGCACAUAUGUGGCUAGUUCACAAAGUUGUUCUGCCUUUAUUUAUUGUGACGGUGAAGAUUCUAUCUUGGACGAAUGCGAAGAAGGUCUUUAUUUUGAUGGCGAGGAAUGUGAUGAUAAGGAUAAUGUGGAAUGUCCACUGGACAAUGCAAAUGGCGGUGAUGGUGAUGGUGACGGGGAGGAGGGUGGAGAUGGAGAUGGAGAAGAAGACCCAGAAGAAACACCGGAAGCACCAGCGCCACAACCAAGUGUAACUAAACCACCGCCGGUUACAACUGCUGCAACGAGCGCACCCACAACACCAAUCGACAGUACACCGGAAAUCAUUGACGUUCCUCCCAUAGUGAGGGAUACAUGUCCACCAAAUGAUGAUCCAAAUCAGAUUGUCCUCAUUGGGAACAGUAACUCCUGUUCGGAUUAUUAUGUCUGUUAUCACGGAAAUGCCAUUGCUAUGCAUUGUAUGGAUCAUCUUCACUUCAAUGCAGCCUCGGGCAAAUGCGACUUCCCUGAGAAUGCAAAUUGCAAGUUGGCAGUGCAAACCCCCACAGAAUUCAACAAAUGCUUGCCGCACAUGUCAGAGUUCUUCCCACAUCCCACAAAGUGUAACUACUUUUACUACUGCAUCAAAGGAUAUCAGACGUUGCAACAGUGCCCCUUCUACUAUGGCUGGGAUUUUGAGAAACGGACGUGUAUUCGUAUGUCACAAGCCAAGUGCUACAAUGGCAGUUCAUAACCCAUUCACAUGUCAGCCGCACAUGUUGCUGUUUGCAUUUUUAAUUAGAUUGUAGAGUUUUUAUAUUGAAUUAGGGUCUAAUAAAAUGAAGCUUUUCUAGAUGGAAGGAAAUAGAAUUUACGGAAUCACCGAGAGAAGGGUAAGGCAACGGAACAUAUUUAUUUAAUA